AUGGACGACUCGGUUAGAUCUUUAAUUAGAUUCGUCAGUAGAGGGUUCUACGGUACUCCAUAUGUCCUUAUAUUAGACGCAGUGCUACGUCACUCGGUGUUAUCAGAAGAUGAUUUAAUACAUUUAAUUGGUAUCAAGAGAAAAGAAUUGAGGUCUCUAUGUAAUAGGCUAGUGGAAGAUAGGUUGCUAGUGAACCACAUUCAAAGAGAGGAUAAUGGGCAACAGAAAUACAUUACGCGAACAUAUUUCUAUAUCCACGUCACCGAAGCAAUAGAUUCAAUCAAGUGGAAAGUUCAUUCUAUAGUCAACAAUUUAAAACAAGAAAUGUCCAAUUUUGGUAACCCUCAGGGAUACAUGUGUCCGCGGUGUGGUAAGAAGAUAUCGCAGUUGGAUGCGAUAUCGUUGCUAAGUGAAGACAAGACUGAGUUCAUUUGUGACACGUGUCAAGGAGUUUUAAUUGAAGAUGAUUCUUCGCAACAAGCAAUAAUGAAGCAAGAAAAAUUGGAAGAUUUGAUGCUACAAAUCGAUCCCAUUAUUAAGUACUUGAAAAAAAUCGAUGAUAUACAAAUACAAGAUAAUGAUUUCGAAAGUAGUUUAUUGCAAGCAAUACCGGCACAGUCUAUGACAACUGCACAAUACGCAUUAUCUAACAAGGUCAGUUCUAAAUCGAGAUCUCAAGCACAAGCUAUGUUAAACGCAACACUAAGAUCACAAGCCACCCUCCAUGUUUCUAUCACGGCAAAUGAUGAGAACUACGAGCGUGAACAGUUGGAAAAAGAACGAAGAAGACAGAAAUUGGAACAGAAUGCCUUACCAUCUUGGCAUUCGAGUAGUACUGUUGGUGAAAAGGGAAAAUUGGACUAUAUGAGAAGUGAAGAAAACGAGGAGCAGGAUAGUGGUGAAGAUUCAGUUGUGAAAAGGGAGCAAGAUAAUAAAGAGGGCUCUCUCUUGGAUGCAGGAGAAGCAACAACACCAACACCAUCGACACAAAUAAAGAUGGAAAACAUUGCGUUUCCGGGUGAUGCCAAGGAGGGUAACAAUAGUGAAAAGAGCUCGGUAUUACCUACUCCUGAGCCUACUAAUGAAGACACAGCAUCCGCAGAAAAUCUAUUAGUAAAUGGAGGAGUUGCCGAUAUUAAGGAUAAAGAAGCUCAAGAUGCAUUGGCGGCGUAUUAUGCUAAAUUAGCACAACAAGAAGGCGAAGACGAUGAUGAUGAUGAUGAUGAGGAGGAGGAGGAGGAGGAGGAGGAGGAGGAGGAGGCUGGAGAAGAGGCUGUUGGAAAAGAGGGUGCUAGAGAUGAAGAGAGCAAAGACGAAGGGGUCAAAAACAACGUAGACAAUAAUGAUGUUGAAGACGACGACGAUGAUGAUGAUGAUGAUGAGGAAGAUUUUGAUGACUUGAUAUAG